GAUUCGAAUAGUUAUUCGCUUUCCACAGGAGCACACCUGACCAUGACCAAAAAAGUGAACACGCGAUGGAAGACCAAUGAACCUGUUCAUCAACGGCUCUUUGAGCGAGUCGAAGGAUCUAACUACCAAACAGUUGACACCACGCAACGCAGCCAGCUCCCGUCACGCGGCAUCAAAUCUGAAUACCAGACGUUUCAAGGGACGGCAAGCAGCGAACCCACACAAGCCGCUGUUGCACUUCCUUCAGUAACUGAACUACCACCUCUAACCCAUCAAGUCUUGAGUGCGGAAGAUACAAGCACGCAUAAAGAGAAUGAAGUUGAAGAAAAACCCGAAAGUCCAACAGCCGUUGCGCUCACGCCGCUUCCGGAGCUUUCACAGAUUGGAUCAACUCCUAAAGCAUCAUCGGAAGAGAUUCAUUCAAGCGAGAAUGAGCGAUCUCUUUCCAAAGCCAACAAUCAAAAUGACGCAUUGAAUUGGCCCAGCUUUGACAUUAUGGGGAACCGUAGCACUAGACUGGGAGAAGCUGCUGCCCUUUUUGAAGAGCCUUCCGAAGUCAUUCAAACAAGCCACAGGCGAAUCCAGCUAGAGUUUUCCGAUAACAGAGAUAUGACUGAAUCGGCGAGUCAUGUCGAAGACCAGGAGAGUGGGUACGAAGAGACGUCCAGUAGGAGAAUAUACGAAUUCUCGAUGCAAGAAGGCGCCACACCGGCGCGAGCAAGCGAGUCGCUUACAGAGUCCCAACUAGGUCCUAUUAAAUACGUCGGCGAACAAGAAGAGGAAGUCAUCGUGACGAUAAAGAGGCAGCCCCACAUGGAUAGCAGCCUCCUAAAGUACACGCCUGAUGAGUACAUCCUGGCACAGAUAGUUCAUGAAGUGGAAAAGAAGAUCGAAGCUAGCUCUCACUACCACUACGCACCCCUGCCUGACGACGUACUCGCGGUACGAUCAUCUAAAGGAAUCGAGUCUCUUGGCCAGCUAAGGUACGAGACCUAUGAAGAAGAGCUCCUUAUGCGACGCAGCGAAGACGACCUGACUCAAGAGCAUGAAAGGUACACAACAGAGGUGUCUCAGCGGUCUGCGACCACAAUUAGGUGUGCCAGAGCAGAGAAAGAAACACUGGAGCCAAAGGUGACUGAGCUGCCUGCAGAGAAAGAAACACUGGAGCCAAAGGUGACUGAGCUGCCUGCAGAGAAACAAACACUGCAGUCAAAGGUAACUGAGCUGCCUCCUGAGAAAGUAACACUUGAGCCAAAAGUUACUGAGCUUCCUGCUUUAAAACAAACACCAGAGACAAAGAUGGCUGAGCUGCCUGCUCAGAAACAAAUACCGGAGCUGAAGGUGAUUGAGCUGCCUGCUGAGAAACAAACGCCGGAGGCAGAAGUUACUGAGCUACUUGCGGAGAAAGAAACACUGGAUCCAAAGGUAACCGAGCUCCCUUCUUUGAAACAAACACCACAUCCAAAGGUGACUGAGAUUCCUGCUGAGAAACAAACACCGCAGCUAAAUGUGACUGAGCUGUCGGCUGAGAAACAAAUACCGGAGCUAAAGGUGACCGAGCUUCCUGCUGAGAAACAAAUACCGGAGCUAAAGGUAACUGAGUUGCCCGCUGAGAAACAAAUACCGGAGCUAAAAGUGACAGAGCUGCCUCCUGAGAAACAAACAUCCGAGUCAGAGGGGACACCACUGCCAAAGGUAACUCAGCUGCCUGCUGAGAAACAAAUAGCGGCGCUAAAGGUGACAGAGCUGCCUCCUGAGAAACAAACAUCCGAGUCAGAGGGGACACCACUGCCAAAGGUAACUGAGCUGCCGGCUGAGAAACAAUUACCGGAGCUAAAGGUGACCGAGCUUCCUGCUGAGAAACAAAUACCGGAGCUGAAGGCGACUGAGCUACCCGCUGAGAAACAAAUACCGGAGCUAAAAGUGACAGAGCUGCCUCCUGAGAAACAAACAUCCGAGUCAGAGGGGACACCACUACCCAAGGUAACUGAGCUGCCUGCUGAGAAACAAAUAGCGGAGCUAAAGGUGACUGAGCUGCCUGCUGAGAAACAUAGACCGGAACUAAAAGGGAGUGAGGUUCCUGCUGAGAAACAAAUACCGACGCUAAAUGUGACUGAGCUGCCGGCUGAGAAACAAAUACCGGAGCUAAAGGUGACCGAGCUUCCUGCUGAGAAACAAAUACCAGAGCUAAAGGUAAGUGAGCUGCCCGCUGAGAAACAAAUACCGGAGCUAAAGGUGACAGAGCUGCCUCCUGAGAAACAAACAUCCGAGACAAAGGGGUCACCACUGCCAAAGGUAACUGAGCUGCCUGCUGAGAAACAAAUAGCGGAGCUAAAGGUGACUGAGCUGCCUGCUGAGAAACAUAGAGCGGAACUACCGGUGACUGAGCUGCCUGAGGUUCCUGCUGAGAAACAAAUACCGAGGCUAAAUGGGACUGACCUGCCUGUUGAGAAACAAACGCCACAGCCAAAGGUGGCUGAGCUUCCUGCUGAGAAAGAAACACUGGAGCCAAAGGUAACUGAGCUGCCUGCUGAGAAACAAACACCGGAAUCAAAGGCGACUGAGCUGCCUGCUGAGAAACAUACACCGGAGCUAAAGGUGACUGAGCUGCCUGCUGAGAAACACAAAAAGCAGCUAGACGUGACUGAGCUUCCUGCUGAGAAACAAGUACCGGAGCUAACGGUAACUAACCUGCCUGCUGAGAAACAGACACCGAGGCUAAAGGUGACUGAGCUGCCUGCUGAGAAACAAGCACCGGAGAUAAAGGUGACUGAGCUGCCUGCUGAGAAACAAGUACCGGAGCUAAAGGUGACUGAGCUACCUGCUGAGAAACAAACAUCCGAGUCAAAGGGAACAUCACUGCCAAAUGUAACUGAGCUGCCUGCUGAGGAACAAACGCCGAAGCUAAAGGUGACUGAGCUGCGUACUGACAAACAUGCACCGGAGCUAAAGGUAACUGAGCUGCCUGCUGAGAAACAAACACCGGAGCUAAAGGCGACUGAGCUGCCUGCUGAGAAACAAGUACCGGGCCUAAAGGUGACUGAGCUACCUGCUGAGAAACAAAAAUCCUUGUCAAAGGAAACACCACUGCCAAAAGUAACUGAGCUACCUGCUGAGAAAGAAACACCGGAGCUUAAGGUGACAGAGCUGCCUGCUGAGAAACAAAUACCGGAGCUAAAGGUGACUGAGCUUCCUGCUGAGAAACAAACACCGGAGCUAAAGGUUACUGAGCUUCCUGCUGAGAAACAAAUACCGGAGUUAAAGGUGACUGAGCUGCCUGCUGAGAAACAAAAAUCCGAGUCAAAGGAAACACCACUGCCAGAAGUAACUGAGCUACCCGCUGAAAAACAAACACCGAAGCUAAAGUUGACUGAGCUGCCUACUGACAAACAUACACCGGAGCUAAAGGUGACCGAGCUGCCUACUGACAAACAUACACCGGAGCUAAAGGUGACUGAGCUUCCUGCUGAGAAACAAACACCGGAGGUAAUGGUAACUGAGCUACCUGCUGAGAAACAAAUACCGGAGUUGAUGAUGACUGAGCUGCCUGCUGAGAAACAUACACCGGAGCUAAAGGUGACUGAGCUGCCUGCCGAGAAACACAAAAAGCAGCUGAACGUGACUGAGCUUCCUGCUGAGAAACAAAUACCGGAGCUAAUGGUAACUGAGCUGCCUGCUGAGAAAGAAAUACAGGAGCUAGAGGUAACUCAGCUGCCUGCUGAGAAACAAACACCGAGGCUAAAGGUAACUGAGUUGCCUGCUGAAAAACAAACACCGGAGCUAACGGUGACUGAGCUGCCUCCUGAGAAACAAAUACCGGAGCUAAAGAUGACUGAGCUGCCUACCGAGAAACAAACACCUGAGUCAAAGGGGACACUACUUACAAAGGUAACUGAGCUGCCUACUGACAAACAUACACUGGAGCUAAAGGUGACUGCGCUGCCUACUGACAAACAUACACCGGAGCUAAAGGUGACUGAGCUUCCUGCUGAGAAACAAACACCGGAGGUAAUGGUAACUGAGCUACCUGCUGAGAAACAAAUACCGGAGUUGAAGGUGACUGAGCUGCCUGCUGAGAAACAUACUCCGGAGCUAAAGGUGACUGAGCUGCCUGCCGAGAAACACAAAAAGCAGCUGAAUGUGACUGAGCUUCCUGCUGAGAAACAAAUACCGGAGCUAAUGGUAACUGAGCUGCCUGCUGAGAAAGAAAUACAGGAGCUAGAGGUAACUCAGCUGCCUGCUGAGAAACAAACACCGGAGCUAAAGGUAACUGAGUUGCCUGCUGAAAAACAAACACCGGAGCAAACAGUGACUGAGUUGCCUGCUGAAAAACAAACACCGAGGCUAGAGGCGACUGAGCUGCCUACUCAGAAAAAAACACCGGAGCUAAAGGUGACUGAGCUGCCGGCUGAGAAACAAAUACCGGACUCAAAGGGGGCACCACUGCCAAAGGUAACUGAGCUGCCUGCUGAGAAACAAACACCGAAAUUAAAGGUUUCUGAGCUGCCUGCUGAGAAACAAAUACCGGAGCUAAAGGUGACUGAGCUGCCUGCUGAGAAACAAACACCGGAGUCAAAGGGGACACCACUGCCAAAUUUAACUGAGCUGCCUGCUGAGAAAGAAACACCGGAGCUUAAGGUGACAGAGCUGCCUGCUGAGAAACAAAUACCGGAGCUAAAGGUAACUGAGCUGCCUGCUGAGACACAAUCAUCCGAGUCAAAGGGGACACCCCUGCCAAAGUUAACGGAGCUGCCUACUGAGAAACAAACACCGGAGCUAAAGGUGACUGAGCUGCCUGCUGAGAAACAAAUACCGGAGCUAAAGGUGACUGAGGUGCCUGCUGAGAAACAUACACCGGAGCUAAAGGUGACUGAGCUACCUGCUGAGAAACGAAUACCGGAGUUAAAGGUGACUGAGCUGCCUGCUGAGAAACAAAUACAGGAGCUAGAGGUAACUGAGCUGCCUGCUGAAAAACAAACACCGAGGUUAAAGGUGACUGAGCUGCCUACUCAGAAGAAAACACCGGAGCUAAAGUCGACUGAACUGCCUGCUGAGAAGCAAACAGCACUGCCAAAGGUAACUGAGCUACCCGCUGAGAAACAAACACAACUGUCAAAGGUGGCUAAGCUGCCGGCUGAGAAAGAAACGCCACUGCCAAAGGUGACUGAGCUGCCUGCUGAGAAACCGACAUCACAGCCAAAGGUGAUUGAGCUGCCUGCUGAGAAACCGACAUCACAGCCAAAGGUGAUUGAGCUGCCUGCUGAGAAACAAGGACCACAGCCAAAAGUAACUGAGCUGCCGUCUGAGAAACAAACUCAGGAGCCAGAGGUAACUGAUGUGCUUGUAAUAAACGAACAAAGUGUUCCACUCAUUGACCAGGAAGGGUACGCGGGUGUACUUGAAGAAUAUUAUGAAUGUGCGGAGAAACGAACACCGGAGCCAACGGCAACUGAGCAGCGUGCGACAAUUGAACAACGUGUUCCGGACAUUGACCAAGAAGGAGGACGCUUCGAGGAAACUACGUUCGAGUUCAUCUGA